AUGCGUUUCUUACCAUUAUGGCUUGUCGUUGGUGGGCUUUUUGCUUGCGCCCACGUUAUCCACUCCCUGCCCCGUGUGGAACUAGGAUAUGAAAUCCACGAAGCUAUCUUCUUUGACGAACGACCUUCGGUAGUAAAAAGCUCCCACCAUAGGAAACUGGCCGAUACUAUAACUUUUCCAACAUCCGUUUCGGUCAGCCUCCGGAAGGCAGACAGAUUUGAUGCGCCGCUGAAGCCAUUGACCAACCGUUCUACCGUGAACAAAGGUGACAAGGGCGCCAUUUGUCCGCAGGCUUUCCCGAUAUGGUACCUUCGUAUGCUCGCCGAGUUAAAGCACGAUACGGAUGCUCUCAAAAAGGCUGAGGAUGAUCCUACUUCGCUUAUCCCACCACCAGACCCCCGGGAACAGGAAGAUUGCCUUUUCCUUGAUGUCCUCGUGCCCGAGGAGGUUCUUCAAAACCGAUACAACGAGUCGUAUCGUGGUGCCCCGGUCAUGGUCUGGCUCUACGGUGGUGGUUUCACCUUCACUGAUGAUAGUGGAAACCCUGCUGGUCUCAUUGCAGCGAGCAAGGAAAGCUCUGCAGGAAGCGACGGUGUCAUUUAUGUAAAAAUCAAUUACAGGGGUGGUGCGUUCGGAUUCCUCUCCGGCCCCGAAAUUCAGAGCAAUGGAACCGCCAAUGCCGGCCUUCUUGACCAGCGUUUAGCGCUGGAAUGGGUUCAAGAACAUAUCCGCCAAUUUGGAGGAGACCCUGACAGAGUAACUCUCUUCGGACAAUCUGCCGGCGCUGCGUCAAUCCUGCAUAAAAUCACCGCAUAUGGAGGCGCCCGUGGCCCCGUACGAAAAUUGCCUUUCCGAAGUCUCGUAGUAGUAAAUUCUAAAUUGGUUGCUGCUUCGCGGUAUGGGCAGUUUACUUUCGCGCCCUCGGUAGAUUGUUCUUUUGUCCCAGCUCUGCCUGGUCAGCUUCUAUUUGAUAAAAAUCUUAGCAUCAUGACGGGUCACAAUGCCCAUGAGACAAUCUUUUUUAUUGAUCCAAACUCAACUACUGAUGCUGAUUUCCGGAAGAACUUGAAAGCCUCUUUACCGGCGAUCCAAGAGUCCAUUGUCGACUAUGUGAGCGAGACUCUGUACCCACCGCCGGGCAACAGGUCCGCUGCUAUCGGGUAUACGACAGCAGCAGGGCGAAACGAGCUGAGUUCCAGCGAGGUGUCGUUUACCUGCAACACAAACUACCUUGCGCAAGAUUUCUCUGCUAUCAAUCCUCUGACAUUUGCCUAUCAGUUUAGCAUUCCUCCGGCUUAUCACGGCGAAGACGUGGCUUAUGUUUACUACAAUGGGCCUUCUCCUCAGGUGAUCAAUACGACCAACGCACACGCACUGCAAACAUAUUAUACGCAGUUUGCGAUAACCGGCCAGCCAAAUGAAGUCGGCUUCCCAGAUUUUCGACCUUACGGUUCGGGGAAGCAGAUCCUGGAUCUGAAUGUCACUGGAAUGAGCAUGAUGGAUGACCCUACCAACAACCCGCGCUGCCACUGGUGGCAGCUGGCGUUAUACUUUAAGAUCAGUUGA